AUGUCCAGCAACAAUUACUUACAGCUUCGCAGCCGCCGCGCAGCCCCACAGACCCCCGCCCGUCGGCCGCUCGGACCCCGAGGGCAUCGCACAGAGCAGGCGCCGCCGGGCAGCCCCACCGCUGGGGUCCUCGCCGGGAGAAGUCCGUCGCCAUGGAGACGGGGCGCGCGCAGGCCGCAGUUCAGCAGCGCCCAACCAGCCGAGGACAGUUUGGGGGACCGGGACAGCCGCUCCCAGCACCCAAGAGCGCUGACGGCGAGCCCUUCACGGGCGCGUGAUGCCUCGACUCGGCUGCCGCCGUCAGCAUCUCAGCCCCCGCGGAGAGGGCGCCGGCCGACGGCCAGCUGCGAAAGCACAAGUCGCCUAGCUGGGGCACGGGGAGGGGCCUCGGGCCGACCGGGUCCGUGGGAGACAUCCGCUUCCGGGGCCGCGGCCAUCGCAACCCUCGACUGUGCAGACCAGCGGAACUGGACUCGUCAGCAGAAGCUGACCCCGGGCCCUAGAGUCCCUAAGUCCCGGCUGCCCUCGCUCUGCCGCCCGCCUUCAGAACCAGACAUGUUGGAGCAUCUGAGCUCACUGCCCACGCAAAUGGAUUACAAGGGCCAGAAGCUAGCUGAACAGAUGUUUCAGGGAAUUAUUCUUUUUUCUGCAAUAGUUGGAUUUAUCUACGGGUACCUGGCUGAACAGUUCGGGUGGACUGUCUAUAUAGUUAUGGCUGGAUUUGCUUUUUCGUGUUUGCUGACACUUCCUCCAUGGCCCAUUUAUCGCCGGCACCCCCUCAAGUGGUUACCUGUUCAAGACUCAAGCACAGAAGACAAGAAACCAGGGGAACGAAAAGUUAAGAGACAUGCUAAAAAUAAUUGAUUGGGGUUUUCAUGAUUCAGCUUUACUGUUGUACCUGCUUUUGUUUUGUGUGACAUGAGCUAAACUGUUUUCAUACAUAAAACAUAAGCUAAAAACCACCUAUGCUCAGCUGUGUAUAGAUUUUGUUUUCUCCAUAUUUCAUUUCUCUUUUGGGUUUUGCUUUAUAAAUAUUUUAGACCUUCUCCUCACAAUCUUCCUCUGAAAUGGAGAACAGAAAACAGAAGUAUGCAAAGUUUCUUUCAGGCCUACAAAAUAAUGAGUAAAAGCUUCAUAAAUGACAGUACAAUUUAACUAUCAGGUUUUAUAAUUCAUUAUGGGUAGUCAGGCUGUUUUAAUGUUUUCAAUUAAAACUCAGUGCAAUUCAGUGUC